AUGAGUAAUCCAGAUAACAUAUCCAAGAUGGAAUCUAAUGGAGAAGAAGUGCAAACAGCAAUAAAGCUUCAACAGGAAAAAAGUGGUAAAGAUACACAAAUAGAGAUGGAACCGGCGACGCAAGAUUACGCCGACAAUUCCACGAUAGGUUAUAUAUCGAUCAAAGACUUUGCUUACGAUGAAAGUAAUCCACUACAUCAUGGAUAUUUCGAAGAAGAUCUAGAGCAGGAUGUUAAUAAUGAUAAUAAUGAUGAUGACGAGACACACACGGAUGGAGAUGAUCUCUAUAAAAGACAGAGUGUUGUUCUUCCAAAUGACUAUGUGGUAAACCAAUGGGCUGUCGCCAUAUAUGAUUUUGUACCUGAGAAUGAAAAUGAAUUAGACUUAAAAGAAAACGAUAUCGUUUUUAUAAGCUAUAAACAUGGUCAAGGCUGGCUGGUGGCAGAAAACGAGGCAAGAACAAAGACAGGUUUAGUACCAGAAGAAUUUGUUUCAUAUCUUCAACCAGAAGAAGAAGCUGAUAUGCUACAUGAGGAUAAAGCGCGACCUUUUUACCUAACUCACAUGAUAACAAACAAUAUGGAAGUCCCAGUCGAAGCUGACAGUCGGACAAAUGCUGUUAAACUCAAAAAUGAUGAUGAUGACGACGAAUGGGAAGAUGUGGAACAGCUUAAUACAGGUGUUGGCAAACUAAAUAUCUAG